GUUUACACUUGACAGUUGGAAAUAUUUUCGUGGAGGAUUUGCAUUGUAAUUUGUAUUGUAGUGUAAACAAAAUAAAAAUUUUGUAAUAAAUUCGCUUUUAAGUUAGUUUUAACAUAAUUUUAUUAUAGUUGUAGUAGUGGAAAAUGUUGAAAGCUGUGAUAUUAAUCGGUGGACCUCAGAAAGGAACAAGGUUUCGUCCACUCUCCUUAGACACACCAAAGCCUCUAUUCCCCAUUGCAGGCUUACCGCUAAUACAGCAUCAUAUCAAAGCAUGUAAACGACUGGCAUCAUGCAAGGAGAUACUUAUCAUUGGCUCCUACACUACAACAACUAUGGCACAAUUUGUUAAUGAUAUGCAGAUUGAAUAUAGUCCUGUCAUUAUAAGAUAUCUACAAGAAUUCACACCUCUGGGCACUGGAGGAGGUCUGUACCACUUCAGGGACCAGGUGCGGGCAGGCAACCCCACUGCAUUUUUCUUGCUCAAUGGGGAUGUGUGUGCUGACUUCCCUCUAGAGGAGCUAUGGGCAUUCCAUGAAGAAAGACCCAAUGCUUUAGUAACAAUAAUGGGCACAGAGGCAACUAGGCAGCAAUCAAUACAUUACGGCUGUAUGGUCCAAGAGCCCACAACUAAAGCGGUGACCCACUACGUGGAGAAACCCAGCAGCUACAUAUCCACACUGAUCAACUGUGGAGUGUAUGUGUGCUCAUUGCAAAUAUUCCACACUAUGGCUGAUGCCCUUCAAAAGGAGAAGACUGGAUUUUAUAGCAGUAAUGGACAAGGCAGCCCUCCGCCUGGUUAUAUGUCGUUUGAACAAGAUGUCUUGUCGCCACUGGCCGGGACUAACAAACUUUUUGCAAUGCAGGUGGGCAACUGGUGGUCGCAGGUGAAGACGGCCGGGUCCGCCAUCUACGCGAACCGGCACUACCUGGAGCUGCAGCCGCGACCGCAGCGACAGCCGGGACACGUCCUGCCGCACGUGCACGUGCACCCCACCGCCGACGUCGACUGCACCGCUGUGAUCGGACCGAACGUGUCAGUGGGGGAAGGGGUCACCAUCAAAGCGGGCGUGCGGAUCAAGGAGUCCAUCGUACUGAACAACGCCACAAUCAAUGAGCACGCGCUCGUCAUGUAUUCUGUUGUCGGUCAAGGUGCAUCAGUCGGUGAGUGGUCGCGCGUGGAGGGCACGCCGUCAGACCCCGACCCGGACAAGCCGUUCGCUAAGAUGGACAACGUACCACUGUUCAACAGCGAAGGCAGGCUCAACCCCUCUAUCACUGUACUAGGUUCAGGUGUAGUGGUUCCAGCUGAGAGAAUCGUUCUAAAUUCAAUAGUUCUCCCACACAAACAGUUAUCUAGAAGUUUCAAAAACGAAAUAAUUUUAUAGUUAAAAAGAAAUUGUUGUAAUUUUUGACAAUAUACUUUUUUAUUUACUAAAUAAUUAUACAUAAAUUAAAAUAAAUAAUAUUGAUACAAAUAUGGAGGCUUAAUGUAAACCUUUGUAUGUGUCAGUUUAUUAUAAUCAUUUGAGUAUACAAUAUUUAUACAAGUUGGUACUGAGUAUGAAAUUCAUGUCCACACUUAGUUUUUAUAAAACAAACUCAGUAAACACUUAACAGUAAUUUUAUUAAAAUUUAUGGGAUUCAAAGUUCCAAAUAAGUUAAAAGGGACUCAAUUUGAUGACCCAAAUGUUAAAUCCUAAAUUGGAUCCAAGACCUGUGACUUUGUAUGGACGAACAAAUCAAUAAUCAACCUGUAUAAAUCAAGUAUUUAUGACGACUAAAACUCGGAACAUCCUGUAUAUAUCACAUUUUUAUCUUGUUAUUUUGAAAUAACAAUACCUAGUAAUAACUGUUCUUUUCGCACAAUUCUAAAAAUUCCUUGGACAUGGAAGCUCAUAGAAUGUCCCGUUUACUGUAAAAGGUAAUAAAAUAUACUCAAGGGUGAACGGUGGGCAUAAUAGGAUUGAGAAUCUAUGGUUCACACGUUUCUUUCAUUUUCGAGAAGCUGCCAUGCUAAUUUACAAUGUAUAAUUUAAGGUAAGCUGAAAAUAGAAAAUUUCAGAUACAGAUAGUACAUCUAUAUUAGUGAAUGCUUUUUAUAAAUCGCAAGUGCGAGUUACGAAUUCAUUUCUAUGUUUCUCUUUCUAUAGUAUCGUGUUAGAGGGAGAGAGAAAAAGAGGUGAAUUCAAAACUCGAGUACUAAAACAUCGUUACACAAUAGGCAUAGCUGCAUUUUAUUAAAGCUGAAAGACAACUUAUGCUCCGAAGUUUUUGUUUGAAGUUGUGGGUUUCAAGUAUCCAGAUUUCCAAUUGUCCAAGAGUAAAAUACGUACGAUAUUGUCUAUGGAAUAUCAUCACAAACCAGUUGCAGGCUACUUUGUUUCAUGGCAACCUUAGCUUGAUAUUUGACGGCAUUUUUACUUACAACCCCAGGAUACGUGGAUCAUUUUUACAAUUGAUUACCAUCAAGUUAAUUUUCCGUGAGUCGCUUCAUCUUAAUGAGACGCUCAACUUUUUUAUUUACGAAAAUUCUUGAUUCUAGUAGCUAACUGGGUUACCAGGUAAUAAAAAAUUCUGAGCGUCGGAUCGAGAUAAUGUACCACGCAAUUUGUAAGACAUUGUGGCUGUUAAGUUGUAUAACUAUUAAUUAAGCUACAGUAUAAACACAUCUCGUUAGUAAGAACAACAAAAAAUGUUCUACAGAUCCUGGGUUUACCUAUGAGCAUGGAUUGAAAAACGUUUAUUAGCUUUUUAAAUUGAGGAAGGUAAAGACAGGCUCUAGUUCUAUUAUUUAAAUAGCUACUUAAUAAAACAAAAUUAUGUUAAAAGACAAAAUAUUGAUAAAUAAAAUAAAUAGUUUAGCGAUUAAUUUAACAUAAUUUAUCUAUAUUUUUUGUAUAUAUUUUGAUACCUAAGAAUACAAUUAUUUUAUUCACAUA